CAGUAAUUCGUUUCGCAGCUAUAACCCGCGAGUCCAAAACGAUGGAUGUGUACACGGGGUGGUGAAGGCCUAUUAAGCAACUGGCAUCGUUCAUACUCGCUAGUGAGGAAUAGAAUUAUAUUCGUCAGACAAACUAAUGGAUUCACGAGAAACGCCUUGGGGAUGGGUGGUCGUUGUGGCUUCAUUCUUCGUCCAUAUUUUCACGUUACGGGAUUUGCUGGUCAGCUGCAUUUUCAACUUGAUAUUCCUGGAAGCCUUUGAGGCGCCCGAAAGCUGUGACGUCAUGGGCUGGAGCUCUCUCCAUGGGCAACCAUGUAUGCGGCAGGUCCCCUGGCUAGUGUACUGACGAACAAGUAUGACUGUCGCAGAGUCACGAUUUUUGGCGGCCUAGUAAUGGCUCUCGGCCUUGGCAUCACUUUCUUCGCCAGCAGUAUUUAUUUUAUAAUGGUAUCGUUUGGGAUUUUAACAGGGUUUGGCGCCGGAUUAUGCUAUAUUCCUGCCGUUGCAAUAGUCAGCUAUUAUUUCGACCGAAGGAGAUCAUUUGCUAUUGGACUAGCCGUUUCAGGGAUCGGUUUAGGAUCGUUCGGAUUUCCUCCUCUGAUCCGGUUUUUAUAUCACGAGUAUGGUUGGCAAGGCUCGUUUCUGGUUUUGGCCGCACUCAUUUUGAAUAUCUGUGUAUGUGGCGCCCUCAUGCGGCCGGUGAGAGUAAAGGAAAUAGACGAUGCGGAAAAAUUCAAAUUAAUGGACUUGAGUGUGUUUAGGAACUACGGAUUCAUCCUUCUUUGUGUGAACAACGUACUAGUUUGCUUUGGGCUGUCGGUGGUGUACAUUCACUUGGCGGCGUACUCGGAGUCUAAAGGAACGGAUCCGGAAAGGAGCUCAUUACUGAUGUCUGCCAUUGGAAUUUCAAAUUUGGUGGGUCGUGUAGUGUUUGGUUCUCUGGGCCAAUUUCGAAGGCUUGACGUCAGCGUUAUGUACGGCGUGGCUUUUGCCCUGUCAGGCCUAGCCAUUAUUCUCAUGCCCGCUCUCCAUGGAUACGUUCUCCGGAUGGUGCUCGGAUCACUGUUCGGAAUGCUCUCGGGUUGUUUCGGAACUCUGCUCGUGCCCAUUCUCGCUGCAUUAGUCGGCCUCCAUAGAUUCUCAAAUGCUUAUGGACUUCUUCUAAUCUUUGAAGGACUGGGUGCUUUGUCAGGGGCUCCAUUUGCAGGCUGGUUGUUUGAUAUGGCUGAGCAGUAUGACGUCUCCCUGUUUGUCGGUGGAGGAUUCAUCGCUCUGAGCUCAACUUUUAUGGUCGGGCCCUUCAUUAAAAUCCGGUCUGACGCUAAAAAUGAUGUCAUGGAAUUACAAGUGGACGAUUUACAAGUGAUAGAGGAAAAAGGAAAAUUGGACGGAUCUAUCACCACCUGACAUCGGUUACCAUAGAAACGAACAGCUGUUUGCCAAAACUGUAGAAAAUUUACAUGGUUUGAAAAAAGCUGAAACGAAACUGUAAUAUAGAUAUAUUUUUCUAAGAUAUUGGGUGUAACGGAACAUGAUGUUUUACAGCUGAUACAGCUGAUACUGUAUUUGUUAAUGUUAAUAGAUUAAUAUAAUAUAUUGAUAGAUUUGACAAGAUUUGGAUAUCAGGGUUUUACACUAAAUAUAUACGCAAUUAGACGGCAUUUACAUAUUGAGUAGCAGAUGAGUUGUAGAAAAAUACCGCCUUAUUUCUGAGCGGAAAUCAAUGUAAGUGAACUUUGCCGUGACAGUAUCACUGCUUGUCUUGUUAACAUGCGGUUUGCUAUCACCCUCCUUUCUCGCGGUCACUCAGACCCGGCUCGUAAGAAUUACGACCCGGACUAGCACGGGACGACAAUUCGAAUUAUAACCAAGUUUAGCGCCCGGGGCGUAAUAAUUACGCGCAUGCGUAGUGUACGGGGCGAGACAUUAGCAUCCACGCAAAGAAUAUAUUGAACGGAUUAAACUACUAUCUGUGUAGACUACUCAACAUCCAUCCUUUGAAUUCGUAAUACAUUACCUCGAUUUACGUUAGCAUCAAAGGUUGAUGUGGAUAGCAUGGUGCGCAAUGAUAUUUUCCAGUACAACUACAACAGGCUGUAUGUUAGUUUCAGCAAGGCAGAAAUUAUUUUAAAUUAACAUCCACAAAGGAAACUAAUGUGAAAACCAUUUCUAUCUAUAUAUAAACUUAUCUAGAAAUAAUUUCAGGUCUGCUUCUUGAAUAGGCCGGAAUCCUUGGCCACGGAGGCCAUUUUCAGUUGGUUAUCAACACAGCUUGUCCUGCCGUUGUGGUCAUGUAACUCGAACAAUACGAACUCCGAGCCGAGCGAUCUCGGUCGCGUUCUUCUUCAGUGAGCUCGUUGAUAUCGAACCAAUAAUGUAAAAACAGUUGAUAUAGUGCAUUAUCAUUUUUGAGUAGUUUGAGACGCGAUUUAUUUAGUAAGUGUUCUUGAUGGGUGUCCAUGUAGUAGUUUAUGAUGAACGUGUAUGUUACAUGGUUCAGUUUACCCGCCCCUUGUAGCCGACUCCUGGGUAAUCCCGUCUAUAUGUUUAGCGGGUCUGUCAUUCUGGCCUCAUUCUGGGUCCAUACUAAUUUAUCAAGGUGCUUGAUAAAUCUUAAUCUUGAGAACAAUCUAAACGUUGGAACGUCUUAUAUAUGGGUGGCCAAAAUUAAGUUCUUUCCAAGCGUAGAUCAGGUCGUGUCAUGUAUGUGUAUAUGAGAUUAAUAUAGGCAAGUUUGUCUAUAUUCCUCUAAUAGGUAACAUACAGUUAGGCCCUAUUAACCAUGGUUAACAGCGUAUGAGUGUAGUACAUCUUUAUUAAGGUAUACCAAUAUGCACAUAAUGUACACCUAUUCG